GCUACGAAGAAGAGAAGAAGAGACCCUAGGGCCGCAAGGUUCUCUCCAUUGGAGCUGACUCCUAUAUCGUGACCUUGGGACGCGAUCUUGGUUUUGAUAUCUCUCUCAUGGAAAACCAGGAGGAGCAGAAGCAGCGCCGGCGGACCAAAAAUGAAAGGAAACAGCAGCGCCGCCGCGAGGAAUACUCUCUCGCCGCCGCGGCCUCCAACUACGGCGAUGAACUCCUCCAGUCUAAGGCCGGAAGCGAAAGCAAGUUGACUGAUAUCGAGUUGAAGUCCGUAACGCAGGGGUUCCUCGAGUUAAAAAUCAAGGGAAUGGCGAUUGUAUGCGAGCUGCCAGAAGACGUGUUGAUGGACAUUCUGUCUAGGGUUCCAGCCAAAUCCCUCCUUCAGUGGAAAUCUGUCUCAAAACACUGGUACUCUCUCAUCCGAAACCCUAAAUUUAUCUCCCUCCACCACACCCGCGCCCAGCCAGGCGAAAUACUCUUCCUCACACGACAAGUCGACGAGGGGACUCAAGUUGCGUGGGCCUUGAUCUUCAGCCCAACCGCGUUCGGAAAUCUAAACUUAUCUUGCAUCGAUCGAAACGUUCACCUCUCCGACUCUUGCAACGGCCUCCUGUGUUUCCAAAACGCCUCCAAAAUGGUGAUAUAUAACCCUGCUAUCAAAGAAUUGAGGCAACUCCCUUUACCCUGUCGCCAAAAAGAACGUAGCAGCUACUUAGGGUUUACGUUUGAUCCCAAAGCUAAUGAUUAUAAAGCUAUUAAAUUCUUCACUCGUAACUGUUAUGCUUGUGAUAGACUACCUAUUCCACGCGUAAGCUUUAACAUGGAAGACCAUUUCCACUGCCACAAAACCAAGUGCAUGUGUAAAAGGCCUGUUUGUUUUCCCAAGGUCUAUGUCUAUGCCCUGAGUACAGAUACCUGGAGACAGACGGACGCAGUUGUGCCCGAUUAUUGUAUCUACCAUGUUUCUCAGUGCUAUCGUUGUGCAUCUUCAGAUGGGGUUUUCUAUUGGCUAGCUCACGAUCAUGGUGCUGGUUUCAUGCAUAUUUGUGUGUUUCGUACGUCUGAGGAAUUGUUCGAAAGCAUACCCUUGCCCGGCAUCUUUCGUCUUCAAUUGUUGUCAAACCUUUGCCUUCUGAAGGAUUCCCUUGCCCUUGUUAUGUCAGACGUUUAUGGUCCUGGCUCCCAGCGGGUGGACACAUGCUUUGACAUAUGGGUAAUGGAUGAAUACGGAGUUCAGGAGUCUUGGACAAAAAAGUACACUACUGGAGCCCUCUUAGGAUGUCACGAUGCAUUGGGAUUUCGGCCAAAUGCUGAGGUUCUUCUGACGAGGACGAACUAUAGACAGAUGGUGUCGUACGACCUUAGCACUCAUAACAUAGUCGAGUAUGACCCCUUACGUGUUACGCCGGAAUCAAGCUUGGUAAAUGAAGUUCUCCCGUACGCAGAGAGCUUGAUUUCAGUCAAGAGACUGACUUCGAAGAAGAAAAAAUCGACUUCAAAGAAGAAGAAAUCGACUUCUAAGAAGAAGAAUUCGAAGUUUUGAUUUAGUUUAACAAGCAUCUAUACUUUGCUAAACAAAAGGGGGAAGGUGAUAAGUGGUACCAAUCAGCUUCUGGAUGUCUCCUUGAUAUUCUUCUACUCAAGCACUGUGCAAGUAGAAAGCAGUUAUUGAGGUUUGCGUGUUCAUUGAGAAGAGUGAAGAGUUGGAUUUUCAUGCUAUAUCCAUUUUUUUUUUCUUGUAUUUACUUGGGUUUUCUUUCAAUAGAAAUGAACUGUGUUUCGGCUUCAUGACCGAAGCUAUCUUGAGAAGAAAAUGUAUUUGGUUGAACUUUAGACCAUAGGAUUAGCUGUUUGUCUUGUUAUUUUGAUUGUAAACAAUAGCUCGUGCAGAGCUGUGCUAUCCAUCUAUCCUUUUUUCUGGUCCGUGCUAUCUAUCCUUUCAUAAUUUCAUUA